CCCCCCCCCUUCUCCACCUCCCGUGAGGUGGUUGGUUCGCGAGCAGCCCGGCCGGCGGGAGGCUUCUCUCUCGGGAGGAGCGCAUUGAGCUCACUUGAUUUCCCUGUAUGAAGCGGGUGGCCCCACCGGAGAGACCGAAUGAGAGACUCUACGGGGGUGGGUAAUUCAGUGGUCCACAAGCGGUCUCCUUUACGCCGAAACCAAAAACCACCAACGUCCUUGACCAAACUGUCCUCGCGGGAUGGACAGAAAACCAAAAAGCCAGUGUGCAAAUUUGAAGAAGGUCAAGAUGUCCUAGCUAGAUGGUCAGAUGGCUUGUUUUAUCUUGGAACUAUCAAAAAGAUAAACAAACUUAAGCAGAGCUGCUUCAUUAUAUUUGAAGACAGUUCCAAAUCCUGGGUUCUCUGGAAGGACAUACAAACAGGAGCUACUGAAAGUGGGGAAAUGGUCUGUACAAUAUGUCAGGAAGAAUAUUCAGAAGCACCCAAUGAAAUGGUUAUUUGUGAUAAGUGUGGUCAAGGUUAUCACCAGCUGUGUCACACGCCAAAUAUUGAUUCCAGCGUGAUAGAUUCAGAUGAUAAAUGGCUUUGCCGGCAGUGUGUCUUUGCAACAACAACAAAGAGAGGUGGCGCACUUAAGAAAGGACCAAAUGCCAAAGCACUGCAAGUCAUGAAGCAGACAUUGCCUUACAAUGUAUCCGACCUUGAAUGGGAUGCAGGCCAUAAAACAAAUGCCCAACAGUGUUAUUGCUACUGUGGAGGUCCUGGAGACUGGUAUUUAAAGAUGCUACAGUGCUGCAAAUGUAAACAGUGGUUUCAUGAGGCUUGUGUGCAGUGCCUCCAAAAGCCAAUGCUGUUUGGUGACAGGUUUUAUACAUUCAUUUGUUCAGUUUGUAGUUCUGGACCAGAAUACCUCAAACGUUUACCCUUGCAAUGGGUAGAUAUAGCACACCUAUGCCUUUACAACCUAAGUGUUAUUCACAAAAAGAAAUACUUUGAUUCGGAGCUUGAACUCAUGACAUACAUUAAUGAAAACUGGGAUCGACUCCACCCUGGUGAGCUGGCAGACACACCAAAAUCUGAAAGAUAUGAGCAUGUUCUGGAGGCAUUAAAUGAUUACAAGACUAUGUUUAUGUCUGGAAAGGAAAUAAAGAAGAAAAAGCAUUUGUUUGGUUUGAGAAUUCGUGUCCCCCCUUGCCCACCAAAUGCUGCUUUUAAGGCUGAGAAAGAGCCUGAGGGAACUUCACACGAGUUCAAAAUUAAAGGCAGAAAGUCAUCUAAAUCUGUGCCUGAUCAGAGGGAAGUUACUAAUGGUGUAGAACGAAAGGGGAAGAAAAAAUCUGUAGGCCGUCCACCGGGCCCAUAUACCAGAAAAAUGAUCCAGAAGAUGUCUGAGCCAUCUCUUAUAGAACCUGUUGUUGUGCAAGAAUCUCCUCCUUUGGAUUUACCUAGCACUACUGGAUCUGAUGGAACUGCACAUUCAUCCAAUACCUCAGAUGUGGAAUCCACAGGUGCUGCCAGUACAAAAGAAACUACCUCAAACAGUAUUUCCAAGCAUUACAGUUUGUCUGACUCCAGGAAAAGGACACGAACAGGAAGAACUUGGCCAGCUGCAAUCCCACACUUAAGGAGAAGAGGGCGCCUUCCACGAAAAGCACUCCAGAUUCAGAAUUCCGAAAUUGUGAAAGAUGACGAAGGCAAAGAUGAUUACCAGUAUGAUGAACUUAAUACAGAAAUACUUAAUAACUUGGCAGAUCAGGAGUUACAACUUAAUCAUCUUAAAAACUCCAUUACCAGUUACUUUGGUGCAGCAGGUAGGAUAGCUUGUGGUGAAAAAUACCGUGUUUUGGCACGUCGAGUGACACUCGAUGGAAAAGUGCAGUAUCUUGUGGAAUGGGAAGGAGCAACUGCCUCCUGACUGUAGUACUGAACAUGUUUGCUGCACUGUUUAUUUAUAGGCACUGUUUAUAUAAAUCAGGAGUGCAGAAGGAAACUUCUUUUGACAUUUCUAAAAAUAGAAACCAAGUUAGCCUUAACAUUUCUUUCUUAACAGUACAAAACAUUGUGCUGAAAAUUCUACCAUUUUUUAAAUGAGGCUGGGUUUUUUUAAGAUAAGGAUUUAGAUUGUUUAGGGCGGGAAUCUGGGAUUUCAGUUGCUUUUAAAUGUGCACGACUUCAGAAGAGACUUGUCUAGAGAACAUUCCAUGUCGGUAGAGAAUAUUUUCUGUAGCUAGAACAAAUUUUUAGUAAGAUUUCUUAAUCUUUUCUUACGCAAAUGUUUGCAAAAGUGUAUUUCUACUUUGACAACCCUAGAUUUUCAUAAGGUGCAGUGUAUAUAAUUCCUACUGAGGACUGUAAAAUAUUGAAAUCUUUCAAGCAAAGUGUAAAAAAUAUAUAUUGAGCUUGUAAAUUGCUCUGUGACUAGACUUCGUUGUCUUUUUAAUAUAUUCUUUGCAUGUGUGUAUAUAUACACAUACGUGUGCAUGUGUAUAUAUGUGUGUGAUUGUGACCUAUGCAAUAUAAAUUAUGGGAUUGGGCAGCUUUUGACUAUAUAUCCCAUAAUUCUUUUAUCAGGAAUAGUUGCAGUAUUUACACAGCAGCAUUUCUUCUCAGGCUUUAAUGGGUGCUGUUGUUUGCCACAUACUACAGAAUAUGUGUCAAAUGAGUGUUGUGUGUGUUGGCAGUGAGUGCAGUCGUUAAUGUCAUAUGCCUUCAGAAAAUAAUUCAGGCUGCAACCCUCCACAUAGAGGCCCAGUGAUAAAAAGAUUUGGUAUACCUUUCAGGUUCACAUGCUCCCCCCUGUCUCUCCUGUGCAGAUUCCCCUUCCUUUCAGCAUUAAGAUAUGUUUCAGCACUACAUCUACAUAGUGCUAGAGGUCUAUGUAUAGUUGCCUCAAACCAGAGUUUGCAAACUAGUUACAGUGAACAGUGGUUAGUGUUUAUCUUGAUGCAGAUGUAAUGUACACCAUUAGAAAGAGAAGGGAUUAGCAAGAGGGAGUACUUUUGCUAUAUCUUAGCCAAGGUUAAGAAAUGUGGGGAUAAUUUCAUCUAUUGUGGAUCAGGUUGCUUUGAGGCUGCAAUCCUAUACUCACUUACCUGGGAGUAAGCCCUAGUGAGCUCCAUGGGACAUACUUGCUGAGCAGACACGUUGAAGAUUGUGGUGUAAAUCUUCUUGAUCUAAGCAGCCUGGCUGCACAGUAUUGCAGCCUCAGUUAAUGUUGGAGAAAGUUAGACACAAAUCUGAACUUGAAAAUUUGAACAUAAACUCUGGCAAGGAGAAAAAUUCUAAGGAUUUGUGACACAUUGAUUGUAAAUUUUGUCUCCCAGUUAAUUAAAAAGUGCAGGAAUCACAAGAUUCCUUUUGUAUGUAAUGUUUUGUAGUCAUGUUUGAUAAACAUAGUUGGAGCAAAGUGUUUAAUUGCACAGGGUCAACAAACAGUAUGUUGCCACUUGAAGUAACUAUACUGCUUUUAUUACAAUAUUACCUCUUCUGUUCUUACAAAUAUGAAUCAAGUUUUAAAUGAGUAACUUUAUUUUACUUGUAAAAUAACAAGUGUUUUUGUCGGGGCUAGAUGUAUUUUCUUUAAUGGUUUUGAGUUGUUUUUUUGUUUUGCCAAAGAGUGUAAACAACUACUUUUUCUGAUGGUUUCUCGUUUUAUUGCCUAAUGGUUUACUGUCAGACAUCAGCUUGCCAACAAAACAAAAAAUGUGUCUUUAAAUAAUAGUGAGAGGCUAUAUGGCUAAAUCUAAUUGUACUAAAAUUGACUUAAAAACAAAAUGCUGUUAUGAUUGUUAAGGGAAAUAAAUCUUUUGUCACCACCUCAUAUAGCCAAAGGAAGUGUAGACAAAAUAUGUUGUUCUGUGCUUGUGGCUGGCCAGUAAACUUGCAGGCUUUACAAAGCUGAUAAUUUAAGUAUACUUUUCUUUGCCUUCACUAGAAACAUGAAUCUCUUUUCCCCUCACACAGUCUUGGCUAUUAAUUUAAAGUUGCCUUGCCUAUUAGCUGCAAUAUUUUGAUAAGACCCAGUUUACUUUUUGAAUGUUGGUCUCUUGAGACAAUGCAAAUUGUAGUGAUGUUAACAACCAGAUUUUCAUUAAUUUUCUUUUUCACAAUCUUUGUAAUUCACAUCAAACACCAGCAGUAUUUGCAGUAGGGCUUCCAUACAACGACAGCAGUUGGAAUUUAGUUGGGGAGAGAAAUUGACAAACUAUCAACAUAUUUUAGCUGUUUUUGUUCUAAUUUUGUCACGGUGGUUGACAUGUUUGUAUUGCUGAAACUGUUCUCACAUUUUUAAAAUCAACAUUAAAUGUGUGUAUUUUUAA